AUGAUCGUAUCUACAAGACAAAACAAAUUCACUUUAGCGUACUUCGAAUUUCUCAGCUAUCAACUUGAAUGCUGCAACUCUUUCAACAUUCUUUUUCAAAGCACGAGACCCCCUCUUCACAGCCUGAAGAAAGAAUUAGAGGAUCUGAUUAAGUCUAUUGCCAGUGAUUUCAUGACUCUAGAUUACAUGAAGAAAACAGCUCCAAGUAAGAUUGAUUCAACAUCAAGUGCUUUCCAUGUUCCGUUGAUACAGAUUUAUGUUGGCAUGGCUGCAACUGCAACGUUAUGCGAGAUGGAAGCCGACGGAGCUGGUGAAACCCAAAGUGAGCAAUUUGAUCGAUUUCGAACACACUGUACGGAUUUUCUUGUCGAGGCUAUUUUACAAAUCCAGAAAAGGUUUGUUCUAGUUGCUGAAAGUGAAGCUAAGUCCGAGAUGAGUUGGGAACAAUACUGGCGGGUUAUCAGAGAUGCGAAGACCGUAACUGGAGAACAAACGUAUCCAAGUCUUAUGCAGUUUGUUUCGAUUAUAGCCUUGUUCCUUUUUCAAACCCAGCAGUAG